AGAAUCCACAACAACCAGUGAGAUUAAGAGUUUACCCUUUCUUCAAAUUUGAGCCAAUUGCAAGGGAAAAUGGGAGGUUCCCAAGUGCUGUUGUGCAUCCAACGUGGGACUGUGGAACUAAGACUGAAAAAAAGAAAGUAAAAAAAAUAACUCAUGGUGGAUAGGGUCUGAAGUUGGGACUGAACCAGGCUCCGAACGCCGAGGUCUUCUGACCAUAGACUGCAUCUGAUAAGCAUUUACUAGGAACUAUACUAACCCGUCGAGUGUGCGCCGAAAUUGGGAUCAAUCGACACAAAGUGUAUACUUUUUUGGGGUGUUUUGUAGCGCCAUAAACGAGAAGUCAACGAUAACUCGUUUUCGGCACCGAUCUCACCUCUUUCGAGUGCUUCAUUUGCGUAGCAGAGUAACGCCGUCAAAGUUUUAGCCAACAUUCCAAGCGUGCGAUGAAGAGAAGAUACAUUUUAAAGUUUGUUUUGAGUGCCACUGCCGAUGCAAUCCGCAUAGGCUAGUAUUUGGAAAAUGUGUCUCACAUGUAUAUUUGACAUGAAGGUAAUCUUAAAUUAAGAGCCCCUGUUGAUGUUUGCCAUAUUUUUUUCUCUGGCAUUAUUUUUAGGCUAUUGAUGUUUCCCCAAAACGAAUCGCUUUGCCAAGAAAGGAUCCUCAUUUCAACCUUUUAUGGACAAGUUCAAUUUACUUGUAUGCUAUUUAAUUCUGGCUGCUUGACAAGUUUAUUGUAGCCUUCUUGCUUCGUAAACCGCGAUUCACCUUUGAUUUCAGCCCACAUUGGACAAAAGUUGGACUGGGAAUUUGCGUCUAAACGACUCGGUUAUUUGGAAGAGUAGACCAGUUGUACACGCCACAAGUGUUAGUUUUUUCUUCAUUUUACCACAACGCAAUUUGUGAUAUAAUAGACUGCACUCUCUCUAAAACUGUACCAGAUUUCCAAUUUGUGGAUACGACGAGAGAUCAUUGGCCAGCGCGCGAUUAAACUUGAUACAAAAUGGCGGCGUCCCUGGGACGAAUUGGAUCGGUUUCUCACUAUGGUUUUUAUUUAGUUUUGUCGCUGGAACUGUUAAUCAAUUACGGCUUGAGUUCAGCUUUACCAUGUGCUCAGAACUGUACCUGUACUGGAGAUUCUGUGGACUGUAGUCAUUUGGAUUUGACAGAUACACCGCUGGACCUGCCCAUUCAGACAGUUGCGCUAAAUCUUGGCCACAACAAGUUGACAGCCAUUGAUGUCGAAGUCUUCUCAAAUCUCCAAAACCUACGAGAGCUGCGCCUGGACCAUAAUGAGCUGACGUCCAUCCCUGAUCUAGGACCGGCUGUGUCUAAAAUCACUUCCCUCUACCUACACCACAAUAAGAUCCGCACCAUCGAUGGGAGGCGGAUGAGAGACCUGAUCUCCGUGGAAACACUGGACCUGAGCAACAAUGACAUCACAGAAGUCAGAGUUCAAGGUUUCCCCGCAGGUCUCCAGAUCAAAGACCUGUACCUGAGCAACAACAAGAUACAGUUCCUGGAGGCCGGUGCUCUGGACCAGCUCUCCUCGACCCUGCAGGUUCUGAGACUGAGCCGGAACCGGAUCUCCCAGGUCCCUGUCAAAGGCUUCCAGCUGCCCAAGCUCACCCAGCUUGAGCUGAACAGGAACCGUGUGAGGCAGGUGGAGGGGCUGACCUUCCAGGGCCUGGCCAGUCUGGAGGUCCUCAAGCUGCAGAGGAACAACAUCAGCAAGCUCACCGACGGAGCCUUCUGGGGCCUGGCCAAGAUGAAAGUGCUUCACCUGGACUACAACAGCCUGAGGGAAGUGAACAGUGGCUCUCUGUACGGCCUGUCCUCUUUGCUGCAGCUCUUCCUCAGCAACAAUUCCAUCUCCCACAUCAACCCAGAUGGCUGGAGGUUCUGCCAAAGGCUACGGGAACUGAAUCUGUCCUACAACAACCUGACUCGUCUGGAUGAGGGCAGCCUGGCGGUGCUGGGGGACCUCCACACCCUCCGUCUGGGGCACAAUGCCAUCAGCCACAUCACCGAGGGGGCCUUCAGAGGCCUCAAGGCCCUGCGCCUCCUGGAGCUGGACCAUAAUGACAUCUCAGGCACAAUAGAGGACACCAAUGGGGCCUUCUCUGGACUGGACACCCUCAACAAGUUAACUCUGUUUGGAAACAAGAUCAAGUCGGUGGCCAAGAAAGCCUUCUCAGGACUGGAGGCCCUGGAGCACCUGAACCUGGGAGAGAACGCCAUCCGCUCCAUCCAGCCAGAGGCCUUCAGCAAGAUGAGGAGCCUCAGGAACCUGCUCAUCCAGAGUGACAGUUUCCUGUGUGACUGUCAACUCAACUGGUUCCCUGAGUGGCUGAUGACCCGGGGGCUACAGACUGGCGUAGAGGCUACCUGUGCCCACCCCGAAAUCCUGAAGGGUACUAGCGUCUUCCAGGCUCCACCAGAGAGAUUUGUCUGUGAUGACCUGCCUAAGCCCCAGAUCACGGUGCAGCCAGAGACCACGGUGACGGUUCUGGGUAGUGACGUGCGCCUCACGUGUACGGCAGCCAGCAGCAGCAGCUCACCUAUGACCUUUGCCUGGCGCAAAGACCAGGAGCUGCUCCGCCAUGCUGAGGUGGAGAACUUCGCCCACCUGCGCGCUAACCACGGGGCGGUGCACGAGGCCGGGGGGGUGAUGGAGUACACCACCAUUUUGCACCUGCGUCAUGUGACCUUCGCCCACGAGGGUCGAUACCAAUGCAUCAUCACCAACCACUUUGGCUCCUCCUACUCCACCAAGGCCCGCCUUACUGUCAACGUCAUGCCUACGUUUGUGAAGACCCCUGGAGACAACACCAUCCGUACGGGCAACACUGCCAAGCUGGAGUGUGCGGCCGAGGGGCACCCCACCCCCGAGAUCGCAUGGCAAAAGGACGGAGGCACGGACUUCCCGGCGGCACGCGAGCGGCGGAUGCAUGUGAUGCCUGACGAUGACGUGUUCUUCAUCACGGACGUCAAGCUGGAGGACAUGGGCGUGUACAGCUGCACCGCCAAGAACACAGCGGGCACCGUGUCUGCCAACGCCUCUCUCACCGUGCUGGAGACGCCCCACCUGGCCCAAAAGCUGGAGGACCGUAGUGUGGUGGUGGGGGAGACUGUAGCCCUGCAGUGUAAGGCCCUGGGCAGCCCCCCACCCAAAAUCACCUGGCUGAGGAACGACGAGCCCCUCCGCUCCUCCGACCGACACCACUUCACCCCCGGCAACCAGCUGCUGGUGAUCGGCAGCGCCGCCCUAGAGGACGCUGGGAGGUACACCUGCGUAAUGUCUAACACGCUGGGCACAGAGCGCGGCCACAGCCAGCUGAGAGUCCGCCAGACCGGCUGCGCCGGCCCCAGCACCGUCACUAUGGGCAUCAUCGUCAUCGCUGUGGUGACCAGCAUCGUGGUGACCUCGCUGGUGUGGGUGUGCAUCAUCUACCAGACGCGCAAGAAGAGCGAGGAGUGCAGCGUAACCAACACCAAUGAGACAAUCGUGCCCCCGGACGUCCCCAGCUACCUGUCCUCCCAGGGGACCCUCUCGGAGCGCCAGGACGUGUGUAUCCGCGUGGAGGCUAGCGUUGGACCUCAGCUCAACGGACACAUAGACAACACAGGUUACAAUGGGGCUGUAGUGUGUACAGAGUGUAUGGAGAAUGGAAACAGCUACUCCAAGACAGACUUUGACUACCUCACCCAGGGGCUGGGACCUGUAGACCUGGAGUACCAACAACACCCCCACCCCCACCACAUGGACUACAGUGUACCUGUACCCCUAGGGGUGGACACGGGACCCCUCUGCAAUGGGACCCCCAACGGAGUCAGAAGGGAUGCCUCGCCACCUGAAUUUCCAUCACAGAGAAACCACCACAACAGAAAAGGUUCCUCAGUGAACAGGACGGGACACACAACUCUAUUGUGCUCCCCAUCCCAGGAGGAGGCCUUCCACAAGCCGGUGAAACUCGCCCCCGUAAGACGCCAAGACACACUGGACACGGAUCGUGAGCCAGAGCUCAGACAGACUCUACUGUCCAACGGACACACUCCCAGAGCCUCCCAGAGUGACAGCACCCCCCUCAGGAGCGCCAGCGACUAGCAGGCCCUCCCCACCCUGACACUAAUAGACUCACUAGCCCUGAGUGGACUUGUUCUUUGCACUGGGAACUGCUACCUCAAACAGAGAGGCCAAGAUCUGAUCCCCUCCCCUGUUUGGACUAACAUGGCGGGAGCUGGGAGGGGGGUGGCAUCCAGAGGUUUGAAGGCAGAGCUUGUGUGGGUGGCGUCCCAUUUGAGCGUAUCAGCUGUACAUACUUAAAACCUUCCCCUGGGAGGUGUCAACCAAUCCUAGCUCCAAAUGUGACUUGCAUUUGAAGCAUGCAAAUGUAGGGAAUAUUUUACAGUAAUGUGUGAAAGAGAGCGAAAGAGAUAUAUAUAUAUAUAUAUAUAUACCAUUGGACAAUUAACUGUACAUAAGAGUUUUCAUAUAUAUUAUAUAACUUUUACAAAGAGUAUUUGAAUUUAUUCUGUGCAUGACAAAGAACGGAGUGAUGGUAUUUUUUUCUCUUUUAAAAGCCUCUACUUACCAGCUUCAACUGCGGUGCCUUAUUGCAUGAUCAAAGAAACCACAAACGGGACUCGUAGUAUAGCAGAGAUUUGUGAGAGCUAUCGUACACUCUUUGUCAUACCAUGGAACACUUUAUUGCACUUGAAUGUUGUUUGACAAACGCAAAUGCUGCCCGUCAUGGCCUUAAACCAUAACUCAUAUUUACUGGUAUUUUAUGAAGGAAGCUUUAAUUUUUAUUUAUUUUGGUACGUGAUAUGGUAACACCUACGACAAGGAAGUGUUUGGGAUAUGAAUCUAGGUUUUUGAUGUUUAAGCACUUUUGUACUCAUCAUAAAUGACCUCUGGAAACACAGACUCAGUACAUGUAACCCAAUAGGAAUGUAAGAAAUCCCAGUCAGGAAAUGCGACACAUUUCUGACAUAGCCAUGGAAUGUCAAGUCUCUUCCACCUGUCAAGGUACUAACUACAGUGCCUUCAGAAAGUAUUCAUACCCCUUGACUUAUUCCACAUUUUGUUGUGUAACAGCCUGAAUUCAAUAUGGAUUAAAUAUAUGUUCACCCAUCUACACACAAUUACCCCAUAAUGACAAACUGAAAACAUGUUAUUAGAAAUGUUUGAAAAUUUAUGGAAAAUUCUUUCAAACUGUAACUCGGCCACUCAGGAACAUUCACUGUCUUCUUAGUAAACAACUCCAAUGUAAAUUUGGCCUUUUGUUAUAAGUUAUUGUCCUGCUGAAUGGUAAAUUCAUCUCCCAGUGUUUGGUGGAAAUCAGACAGAACCAGGUUUUCCUCUCAAAUUAUGCCUGUGCCUAGCUCCAUUCCAUUUCUUUUUUAUCCUGAAACUCCCCAUUCCUUAACGAUUAAAAGCAUACCCAUAACAUGAUGCAGCCACUACUAUGCUUGAAAAUAUGGAGAGUGGUGCUCAGUAAUGUAUUGUAUUGGAUUUGCCCCAAACAUAACACUUUCUAUUCAGGAUAAAAAGUUAGUUGGUUUGCCACAUUCCUUGCAGUAUUACUGAAAACAGGAUGCAUGUUUUGGAAUAUUAAAUAUUCUUUACAGGGUUCCUUCUUUUCACUCUGUCAGUUAAGUUAGUAUUGUGGAGUAAGUACAAUGUUGUUGAUCCAUCCUCAGUUUUCUCCCAUCACGGCCAUUAAACUCUGUUUUAAAGUCGCCAUUGGCAUCAUGGUGAAAUCACAGAGGGGUUUCCUUCCUCUCCGUCAACUGAGUUAGGAAACGAUGCCUGAUACACCUUCCCAAGUGUAAUUAAUAACUUAACCGUAGUCAAAGGGAUAUUUUUACCAAUCUACCAAUGUGUGCCCUUCUUUGUGAGGCAUUGGAAAACCUCCCUGGUCUUUGUGGUUGAGUCUGUGGUUGAAAUUCACUGCUUGACUGAGGGACCUUACAAUUAUCUGUAUGUGGAGAUGGGGUAUGUCAUUCAAAAAUCAUAUUAAACACACGAGUCUAUGCAACUUAUUAUGUGACUUGUUAAGAAAAUGUUUACUCCUGAACUGAUUUAGGCUUGACAAAACAAAGGGGUUGUAUACUUAUUGACUCAAGACAUUUCAACUUUUUAUUUUUAUGAAUUUAUAAAAAUGUCUAAAAACAUAUUUCCACUUGACAUUAUGGGGUAUUGUGUGUAGACCACUGACAAAACAUCAACCUUUAAUCAAUUUUAAAUUCAGGCUGUAACUCAACCAAAUGUGAAAAAAGUCAAAGGCUGUGAAUACUUUCUGAAAGCACUGUACCAACCAGGGGUUAGAACCACAUUUUUGUUCCAUUUGUUUUGUUUUGUUUUGUUUUGUUCUGUUCUGAACAGAACCUAUUUUUAUUUUGUUUUUUCUGUUCCGACCAACAAGAAAUGUAGUUCUGAACCGGUUUGAACCCCCAAAAAUACUGAUUUAUAAUGUUCCUUACUGUUCCCUUUUAAACAUCUGAUUUAUUAUUUUUUAUUUACUCCAACAUUAAAUUACUUCACCAAUUAGUGCGGAUAGAGCAGCUUGCUAUGGAGCGGGUAAGCUAUAGUUUUCUUUACAUUCAUUAGACAGACGUGUAAGGCGCGAGAUGUGACUGAAUUUUUUUGUGUAGUGAGAGAGAGCAGAGGAGGCUUGGCUUGAAGCGCUGGGCAUCUUGUUUAUUACAUGCAUUAAUAUGAUUUAGGCCCACAAAAUUAAACCUACGGAAGAGUGGCUUCUAUGGAGGAACAUUGAAUGUCUUUGAACUUCAGAGAGUUGACUUACGUUGGACCAGAGCUAGCUAGCUAACAAGCUGUGCAGAAUUCAAAUAAAAACAUGUCUUGCCUAUUUGUAGUUAAUAAAUCCAAUGUGAAACAUAAUAACUAUAGCAUCCUUAACUAACAUUGAAAAGUUAAUACAUUCUUCUCUAGUUAAAAAUCUCUCCCUAAUUUCUAAAUGUUGGUUUGUAAUUUCUGUAGGCUACAGUAGCCUAUUCUUCGGAGGGGGAGGGGCAGGUAGCCUACACGCACGCACACACUGGUAAAGAUUUCGAGCUGACAGGCAGACACUGGAAUAAGUUUCUGAGUGACAGAGUGAGGGCUUUGCAAAGCUGCUUUGUUGCAUUUUUUACCGGAACAUAAAAGAACGUUAUUAACCGAUUCCCAUGCUUUUAAAAUAACGGUUCUGUUCAGUGUAGAUCACUUUUGUUCUGAUUCUGUUCCUUGAAAAUGUUGUUUUCUGUUCUGUUCCCUGAACUAGUUCCAACACCUGCUACCAACAAGCUGCUGCACUUCAGUUGCCUUUUGGUUUAGGGACUAGAUCUUCCACGGUGCCUCAACUCCAUUUGUUUUCAUUAUUCUUUAUUUGUCCAACUAAAGGUCCAGGUCCUUUUGAAUACACAUUUGUUAUGAAUGUGGUCCAAUUCCUAGAAUAAUUUGUUAUUUCCCCUUCCAUCCCAGUAUGUUAUCCUAUACCAUGAACCUGCCACGCUGUAAAAGGGAAUGUGGAAUUCUUACCAGGAGGGCAUUUUGAGACCGUUGUCAUACUGUUUUGAUUGCUGUCAUGUCUCACUGUUGUGUGUGUGUGUGUGUGUGUGUGUGUGUGUGCGCACACAGGAAAUGGCCAGUAUUUAGCCUUUGUCACCACAUAUAAUAAUACUGAUAAUAAUAAUCAUCAUCAUUAUGAUAAUGGUACAAAAACAUGUUUUAUUAUUGAGGAAUUAUUGACUGGUACAAACUGAACACCUCUUCAUUCUAUCAACAGCUUACUGUUGGGAAACUUGUGAAAUGUACCCCUUCCAACCUUAGGAGAAAUGCCCCCUGUCUACAGGCCUGGGUAAACUGGGCUGACAAAACCAGAUACUGUGAAUGUCAGUUUAAACAGAAUUACAUUUUCUAAUGUAUGCAUAUGUUUAGCCAUUUUAUAGGCUAAUUGUCUGUAAGCACUUGUUUUGCUAUUUACUUUAUCAAAAAUGGGUCAAAUUGUUUGACUUAUGAGAAUAUUCUUCAGAGAGCAGGAAUUCUAGAUGGUCAGUCAGAAGUUGUCAGUAGAAUGUCGGCCCACUAUGUCAACACCUGAAUGGAUGCAGGGGUGAUGUGCAGUAAUUUAUUGAAAUAAACUGUCUGAAACCAUUGUUCCAAUGUCAAAGCUUAAACAUUGAAGUGUCUAAUAAAAUCACAUUUUUGCUAUUA